UCAUCUCAUACUUCCCUCCUCACAGAGAGUCAGUCAGAAAAACAGACAGAGAGAGACAGGCAGUUAGGUAGACAAGCAGACAGACAUGGCCAGGCUGGACGUGACAGAGACCUUCCAUCACAUCUCAUUCCCUGGGCACAUUCACACCCAGGACUCCCUGAACUAUGCCCUCCACUUCCAGUUUCGGGACAGGGACACUGUCAUCGCCACCUACCCCAAAUCAGGGACUACCUGGAUGCAGGAGAUUGUAACUCUUGUGAAAAACAGAGGGGACCCACAACUCUCCAAAACUGUGCCCAACUGGGCACGAGCCCCCUGGCUGGAACAGCAUUACAGUGCAAAGGUGCUGGAGGCUACCCAGGGGCACCGAAUCAUCACCACUCACCUGCCCUACAACCUGCUGGCUUCUGCACUCCAGGGCUCCAAAGCUAAGGUCAUCUAUGUCACCAGAAACCCCAAAGAUGUUGCUGUGUCAUAUUACCACUUCCAUAAAAUGGCCAAGUUCCUCCCAGAACCCAAUUCCUUUGAUGAGUUUCUGGAUAGUUUUCUGGAGGGAUCAGUAAGUUAUGGGUCCUGGUUCGAUCAUGUGAAAGGCUGGACGAGUCAAGCAGGAGUCUUGGCAAAUGUUCUUUAUAUCUCUUAUGAGGAGAUGUGGCUGGUAGGAUAACUCUUGUCUAUCACUGUCUGCUAUGUAUUGUUGUUGUCAUCAAUUGCAAACAUCCCAUUACAUUCUCUCUUCCUCAUUGCAGUUGAGUCACCCCUAACCAUAUUGUAGACGUGUCCAUUUAAGCGCAUCAGAACACAACACUUGUAUUACAGUCUCAUGAGUCUCUGAGAUUGUGUAACUACAGAAAUAGGCUAUCCUUCAGACAUGAAAAUAUUAGUCAUAGAUUAUAAAUAGACCUUUGUGAGAUGCUAUUUUAAGUGACAUUAUGAAAUACUACGUGAACAUAGCUUUAGGAAAAAUAAAUGCUUGCGUUGUAGAUAUUCA